CUAGUAUUGAGAGGCAAUAAAAAAAUAUCAGAAUUCUAUGAAGCUAAAGAUUGUGAGACAUACUUGUUGGGGUGCCUUCUGCUCUCCAACACACUGGAGCACAAGUCAUGCACACACCUCAUCUAAUUGGAUCAAGGGAUUUAGAAGGUGAAGACUAGGUUAAUUCUUCAUCAUUCACAUCCCAUCCUCAUAAAUUAUUAUACCAAAUAAGAUUAGAUGAUGGUGUUCCUAUAAGAGAAUCAAACAUGGCUUCCCUAACAUGUCCCAUCCUAGCUACUCUGCUCCAAACUCCCAGUUGAUUGACACCUCAAGAACAGCAAGAUGGCAUAAGUAGGUAAGAUUGCUUUCAGAAGAAUAGAAUCUACCAUGGGAGAGAUGAAAUCGAGGUGGGUUGUUUGCCUUGCGGGGUAUGUGUCAGCACAAAUCCCCAAAGUGGCAGUGUACAAUCUUAAGCAUAUCUGACAGUUCAUUAGGCCUUCCUUCCUUCCUUCUCAUGGUUAUUUUCCAGUUCAAAGAUCCCUGAAUCAGAAACCUUUACAUCAAUUGUCGGUGUACAAAGAUUCAGCAGAUCGAUCUGCCACCACAUCAGUGUGACAGUGGAAUGGCAGCAUUUGGUCCCCAUUCCCUUUUGUUUUGUGGAAAGUAGUAAGCAUCGGACCUUAAAGAGUACUUACUGAUCUAAGUUGGCAGAUCUAAUAACACAGGACUAUAAAAUUCCCCCGCAUGGGCAUGUGAUUGGACUCUUUCCAACAUCGACUCUGAGAGGGAAGGAGCAGAGCAAGGAAACUAGGGUUCCUAGCAGAUGAAUGCUGCAGCAUCUCGGCAACAACAAUUCAACAGCUGCUGAUCGCGGUCGCCAGCGGUGGGAUCGAUGCAGUGACGCUCCGGUAUCACCGUGGAUCCAAUGGCGCAGCCGAGCAGGAGCGGCGACAGCUGCGGGGAGAUCGAGGAGCUGGGAGAGACGAUCGACGACAUCGUUCCUGGCAGGGGGAAGCCUGUCGUCAUCGACGUCGACGACGACGUUUACGUGGCGGUCGGGAAGGGGAGCUCGAGCAUAGUUGCGCUGUCGUGGGCGCUGAUGCAUGCCGCCACCAAGCCUUCCAGCUUCGUCUACCUCGUGCAUGUCUUCCCUCCCGUCCAUCACAUCCCAACUCCAUUAGGACUGCUACCGAAGGAGCAAGUGAGCCAAGCACAGGUGGAGUCCUACAUGCAUCAAGAAAGAGUUAAGAGACAAAACAUGCUGCGCAAGUUAUUGGAUCUAUGCCAAUCUUUUGAGGUGCAAUUUGAUACUUGCCUUAUUGAGAGUGAUCAGAUUGUAAAGGCUGUCACAGAGCUUAUUCCAGUGCUCCACAUAAAAAGAUUGAUUGUUGGGACCUCGAAAUCCAACUUAAGGAAGUGGAAGAAAGGAAGCUGUAAAGCAGUACAAAUACAGCAGAAGGCACCUGCAUGUUGUGAGGUCAAGAUCAUAUGUGCUGGAAGACAAGUCUCAGCUCCUGAUCAAUCCGUGUCAUCUUCCCCAGCUUCGGAUAACCCUCACAGUGAUAAGAACACAGAUGGUGAGACAAGAAACAAGAAGUCCAAGGGCACAGCAGACUGUAGAUGCAUACCAGUAAAAUUAUUGUGAUCUAUGAUUACUUUCCGCCUGCUAUCAUUUGUCAUGAUAGGGUGGAACAUGGGAUUGUUCUAUAUAGUAAAUUGUGUGUGAUAAUAAUA